AUGGCAAAUUAUCAUUUGGUAGUCCUCAUUCACGGGCUAUGGGGAAACGUUUCUCACUUUGAUUACAUACACAGUGCACUGGAAGAGGUUGCAGAGAUUCUUGACGCAGACGAAACACAGCUAAUUGUGCACAAAACCACCUUAAAUGAAGGAUAUAAAACCUAUGACGGCAUAGAUAUCUGUGGUUUCAGAGUAGCAAAGGAUAUAUCUGAGCAGAUAGAAGAGUUCGAGAGCUCAGGGAAUAACAAUGGCGAUAAGAUCACAAAGUUUUCUAUCGUGGGUUAUUCACUUGGCGGAUUAAUAGCACGAUACGCAGUUGGUCUUUUGUAUAAGUCGCAGUUUUUCAAGAAGAGAGAAAUUGAAUUGUUAAACUUUACGACAUUUUGUACCCCACAUGUAGGUGUGCUAGCCCCUGGGAACAAUUAUGCCGUCAAGCUGUUCAAUUCAAUUGUACCAUUGUUACUUGGCAGUAGUGGUAAGCAAAUGUUUCUAAAGGAUUCGGUGGGAAACAACAUAGCAAAGGGCAACAGCACUGGUACGAAUGAGAGUUUGCCUUUAAUAUAUGUGAUGAGUUUGCAAAGUUCAAUAUUUUAUAAAGGUCUGAGCAGCUUCAAAUAUAAAAGUUUGUAUGCAAAUAUUAUUAAUGAUAAGAGAACGGCUUGGUGGACUUCAGGAAUAUCAUUGAAUGACCCUUUUUUCAAUAUCAAUGAAUAUAAUGGCAUCAACGUGUUCAAGUAUAUCAAAGGCUAUGAAGAAAUUGUGGUAAAUCGUAAUAAUCCAAUCGUUAUUUCAAAGGUUCCUGAGGAAGAUAAUAACGAUGAAAAUGUUAUAAAGAAAAUCUCAGUUCGUAGCAAGGACACAGAUGAGAGAAAACAGCUGGCUGGUGAAGAAUUUUAUUUCUUAAAUUAUUGGUUCAUCAAAAUAGGCAAAUGGUUGAUGGUUAUGCUGAAUCUUUUGAUUAUUGCGCCUUUAUUUCUUCUUUGGAAAAUCAUCCAAUCAUGUACGGAAAUGACAAUAUCUGCUAUCAGAGUUACGAGAUUCUUCAAGAGAUACUCUCAUCAAAUAAUGCAUGAUUACUUUGAUAUAUCUCCAUCUCCCAUGAUAGAAUCAGAUGAAUGUACAACAGCAGACAGUUAUGAUACUGACAAUGAUGAUGAUUUUUAUUCCUUGAAUCCAACUAUUAGUGGAUCUUCGUCAAUCCGCUCAGUGAGUAAUAUGCCACAAGAAUUCAACAACUACCUCGGAGUUGAAGGGUCCUUGAAUGACCAAGCCGAUACUUUGAUGGAAAGUAUCUAUGAUGCUAUUGAAAGGAAGAGAACACAUGCUGGGUUCCUAGAGGAAGCUGCAUCAACAUCUGGAAAAAUUAGUGAUGAUUCUCUUGCGGUUACAAUUCGUGAAUUAGAAAAUAUAUCUUUUGAUCAAAUGAUUGCUAAGCAUGGCUAUCAUUAUGAGGAGCUCAUUGGUAAUAUAAUUUUAGAUUUGUCACAGACACAGAUCGAUAUCAUCAAAUCGCUAAACCAUAUCAACUGGGAAAAGUAUCCUAUCUACAUUAAAGACACUCCAAGCACACAUGCAUGCGCUAUUGUUCGUCAUAAUGAUCCUAAAUUUGAUGAGGGCAAGAUCGUGAUUAAGCAUUGGGUCCACAAUGUUUUCCGUAGAUCCUAA